AUGGAGCACGCUUGGCUUGACUCUCUGUCUGAGGACUGGGUUUCCCAGCCCGGUUCUGAUUCUUCUGCUAUCCAACUUCCUCCCCUGAGCAACACACCAGACCCAAAGGCCAAACUUAGAGGCACACCGAGUCGAAUACCGCGUAGAACGAUAGGCACUCGACCCCAAUUCUCAACCGCACACGAUUCAAGUUUCAACAUUCUCGGCGAACGGACACCGAACGGCAUCAAUAUCGCGAGCCACCGAAAUAAGCAGCCAUCAGAAGAUUUUAAGCUUGCGCGUGGAACGCUCGCCAGUAGAUCUGCAUCAGGUUCCACAAGUGCUUCAGUCGUCCACAAUACCAUCCAACACAAAUCAUCACCUGGAAGGCAAGAGGAUACACCCGAGUGGAAGAGGCGCCUGGUGUACGGCGACGUUGAGUAUGGCGAACAGCGCGACCUCUUUUGCUCAGCUGCGACAGGUCUACAAGAUAUGUUCAAGCCACCAACACCUGGAGGCGACAACGAUGGCGAGCAGCGCCAGGAAUCAUCCGUCAUGCCGUCUAGUCCACCAUCGUACCCCCAGCGCAUCUUUAGUGACGAUCUAGAGCCCAACCUGAACCCACUGGACGAACUCGAUGAAUUCGACGACCAGGAGGAACUGUACCCGAACGACGUCACACCCAGUCCAAGCCCGAGACGUUCGCAACGUGAGAUCCAAUACAGGCUCAAUGUGGAAGACUCCAUGUUCAGUGCACACAGCCCGCAAGACGAAGACACGCCUUCACGGCCACGGGACCAGAUCUUUCGCGAUCCGAGCUGCUUGAGCGCACCUUCGAAUGCGAAUGACAGUGCGCGAAAAGUUAGUGGACAAAGCGUGGUUCGCAACGAAGACUUUAGCCCUAUUCUUAUUGGUAAACAGAGCGACAAGGAUGGUAACAUGGAUUUUGCGCCCAUUGAGCUGCCAGCAGACAAAUUGAAAAACAAACUUGAGGCUUUGCGCAUUAACCAGAUGCUUCUCGAUCCCAACGUCGACCCUCGAACGGGUUUUGAUGGCGUUAGCCCCGGUCCCUCUGAUAUUGCUGAGAACACUGAAGAGUAUGGAACCCGAGGUGGGUUCUUGAAUACCCAAAGAGGAGGCCGAUCUGGGGAUGGCUCUUUUCGCUUUAGAGACCUGAGUCCUGGCUUCAAUGUUGACACAAGCGGAAUGCUUGCCGAAGAGUCUCUACAAGCCAGCACCCCAAAACAGUUCCCUUCCAUCCGAACAAAUACUACCAACCGUUAUCAGUCAGACUACUUUAACACCAGCCCUACUGUCCCUCGGGCCCCAUUCCCUAGUCCUGACAAGCAGCAUGUCUCGUCUGGUCGAAGUGCGCCAUCUGCUGGAAGCCCCUUGAAGCUUUUUGGCCCUUAUGAUACAUUUACCAACCAAACACUUCUCCGACGCAUCAGCCAGUUUGAAGAAGGCUUGUCUGGUGAGCGUUCUGGACACUCUCUCGGUCCGCAUGACCAGUUUGAUUCUACUAUUCAUGAGAAUUAUGAGCCCAUGUCUAGCCCUUCUUUGCCUGCACUAGCCCCUAAUCCUGUUGGCCGCAACUUUUUUACUAGAUUCGGUCUUGGUGAUCUUGAAGGCUAUGAGUUCAGCGAGGAAAUUUCUUACGCCACCCAAGGAGACGUCGCGGCUUAUUCCGACAAGGAAAACGACGCCCCUCAAUCCCCAACCUCUCAGCAACCGGAACAACCUUCAUCUCCUGACGAGCGUUCGGAGCUUCUCGUUAGCAGAAGUCGUAACAAGUCAACAUCAUCAGCCACAAGCAAGCAUCACAAAACAGCAUCAGGUUCCAGCCAGGUCCGUAGUAAGGCGCUGGGCCCGGCGAAGGGUGCACUGGGCAAUGGCAAUAUUUCGAAGCGCGACAGUGGCUCAGAGGGUAAGAGACCUCGAACGUCUCCGUCCAAGGACCCGACUCCGAAGCGUAGACGCACGCUUCAUCGGGCUGAUAUCGCUUUUGGUCGUGAGUUGCUGGAGGGUGUAGAAGCUGCAAGUCGUGACAUGCAGUCCGCGAUGGGAAAGAAACGCAAGGACGCACGACCAGGCGAGUACCAACUUGCACACCCUAGUGUUCUUGCGAUGCGAACAAUUCUUCAGCCGCAAAGUCCUACGCAUAGUCGUAGAUCAUCACUUCGUGGUGACCCAAACAUGACAUUCGACUCGGAGGGUGACGACAUCAAUGACAUGUCGACACAUACACCCGGAGCCUCACAGCAGGGGAUGCUUGAUGCUACGGCAGACCACAGCGAAGUUGACCGGAAACCAUCGAUCAUGACUCAGGAUUUCGUCAAUCAGGCUGCGCAAAUUAUGGCCAUGAUCCGAAAUCAAGUCAGACAGCCAGGCUUGUCUAGUGUCGAGGAAUCCGAGGCCGAGAAUGUUACGCAUGAAGCUGAGGAUGCUGAUGACUCGUACCAGGAGUCUACUAAUGAGCCUCUGUCUCGUCCUCCCAGCCGCGAGGGCAAGCCCAUGUCAAGGAUGCCACAAUUCCAAGAGGAUCCAGAACUCAUGAAGAGGUUGGAAAAGUACCAGGAAAUCAGCGAUAUGGGCGAUCUUAUCACAUUGUCUAUGCGAUCCAUGGGUUUGGUAAAGGAGGCAAUCCUUGCUGAUAAAGAAAUCGAACGACAGCUUGAGGGAUCGCAGCGCAGCCAACCAGACAGUGCCAAAGGAGAGGUUAUUAGUGACCCGCCUAAUAUCCGGUUGACAGCAGGCCCUUCCCACGAUGGCUCCUAUGGAAGCCCUACACGAUCCCACUCUUCUGGAGGUGACACUCACAGGUCAUAUCCCACAACGUCUUCACAUGCUUCCGAGACCAGGAGGACCAUCAUGCCUGAAAGCGUAUCCCAUCUCAUUCCCGAUCGAGUGGGUAGCAUGUAUCUUGAUAAGCAGAACAACAUCUGGAUUAAGAGAAAGGAAGCCCCUGCUCGCCAGCCUACGAACAUAUUACCAUCAGACAGCGAUGAUGAUCCUUUUGCAAGCAUCCCGGACCUCUCUGUUGAUCUGACCAGAGAGAUGCAGAAUCUUGUCAUCAACAGCGAGAAGAAGCACAGUUCUGCUCGUGGUACAACCCCACCCACUAGUCCUACAAAAUCGAGUAAGCAUCGAUCUGCUAGAGGGUACAUGACACUGUCCCCCAACGGGCACUUGAGUCCGGAUAUGGCCAGUCUUGCUCGAGAAGAAUUUGAGAAACUGGAUGCUCGAGUAUUGGAAGACUCGGAACUUUAUCUGGACCAAUCUAUGGAAGAUGAAGGAAGCUUCAACGAUGACAGGGCUAGUAGUACCCCCUCGAUGAGUGCAAAGAGGCGCAACCUUACUAUCACGUUUUCCUCGCCCGUAGCAUCUAUUAUCCAGGAUGUGGUUCUAGCAGAGGACUUGGACAACUUGGAGGAUGACCCGGAGCUUCCCACCAUGCACCAGAACAGUUCACCACCCAAAAAGUCACCAGGUUCUACAAGCGUCGCCAAAUCAGCACUGAAGAAUAACGGGCAAAGCCGCCAUCACUACACCAGCUCACGAAGCGGUCCGGCCUUUGUGCCCCGUCCCGUUUCGCGAAUCGACGAGCAAGACGAGGACAGCACCAUCGAGAUGCCUUUCGACGAUCAGCGACAAGUCAGUAUCAUUGGAGAUACCAGCGUCGUCAGUCAUAAAACACCUGACGCGCGCCGAACCAGUCUCAGCUUCGUUGUUAACCGCACGCCUGGCAACAACUUCUUCCAACCGACUCCUGAUGACAGUGUUUUGAUCGGCCAAAAUGUUGGGAAGCUUUCGCUGAGUCCCUUGUCCGAGUUUACCUUUAACAAUGCCGAUUCGUCGUUUGGCUUUGAGGUCAGCUAUGUCAUGGGCCGUCGACAUGCAGCGACAGGCAAAGGCUCUAAGAAGGUUAUGUCUAUGACCAUACGUGACCUCGUGGAUAAACUUAGUGAGGUAGAGCCAUAUGAGCCUUACUGGGAAGACAUAACAGAGCUGGAUCUUCAUGAGAAGCGGCUUGCGAGUCUGCAUAUGCUAGACCAGUUCUGCGGCAAAUUGGUGACACUUGACGCCUCAAAGAACGCCUUGGGACAUCUGGACGGUGUGCCAUCCAGCGUUCGGCAGCUCAAGGUGUCUCAGAACAUGCUGACUGAACUGACCUCGUGGGACCAUUUGAUGAACCUUCAAUAUGUGGACAUCUCUGGUAACGAGGUCAAGAGUCUAUCGGCACUUAGAGGUUUAGUGCACUUGCGAAGUAUUCGUGCGGACAACAACAAGCUUACCAGUCUCGACGGUCUCGAUACCCAUGACGGCCUCCUCAACCUUCGAGCUCGAGACAACCUGAUUGAGGAAGUUGACUUUGCAAUGGUGAAGAUGGAGCGCCUCACUGAACUUGACUUGGCAGGCAACCAGAUAUCGUCGAUUCGAAACUUGGAGCACGCACCAGUCUUGGGACGUCUGAAGCUUUCAAAGAACAAGCUUACAAGAUUCACCGUUUCGUCUUGCAUCAAGGCAAUUCGACAGUUGGACCUCAGCGAUAACCAGCUUGCUCGCUUGGAUAUUAGCAAUAUGCCCAACUUGCACACAUUGCACGUUGACCGCAACCGCAUCACAGAGUUGACAGGUUUCAGCCGAGCUCGAAAGUUGGACAGCCUGAGUCUCAGGGAGCAGCGGGCCGAUCAAGCACUCGAUCUUGGCUUCCUCUCUUCAGCUUGCGAGAUCCGGAAGCUGUUUCUCUCUGGAAACUACCUGGGCACUUUUGAGCCUGCAGUUGACUUUCUCAAUUUGCAGCUACUUGAGCUUGCCAACUGUGGUGUUCAGGCGUUGCCAGGCAACCUAGGUCAACUGAUGCCCAACCUUCGAACCUUGAACCUGAACUUCAACGCAAUUCGAGAUCUGGAACCACUCCGAUUUAUUCCACGACUCAAAAAGCUUUUGGUCGCUGGCAACCGGCUUGCCGAUUCAACAGCAGUGACAGAGCUACUCAUCGAGUUUCCACACAUCACCCAACUCGAUCUCAGAGACAACCCUGUGACACUCGGAUUCUACGCACCUAUGCAGUUGCUGGUCCCUACGGAUCGUAAUGGAUAUGUUGACCCAUUCAUGCUGCCGGACGCAGAUGUCGAGCGGGACGCACUUUUUUCUAGUCGAUUGGAUGAAAUGACUAAACUACGACGACGACUACAUCAGAUUGUAUUUGCAGCAAGCUGCAAGAGGCUACGGAUGUUGGACGGGCUCGGCCUCGACCGAGAGACGGUUCUAGCUAAAGACGCCGUGUUUCAGACGCUGGUUGCCGAGGGCUUGUUGCCAGAUGAGACGCUCGUUGGCGAGGGUUCGUCGCCAUGCAAAGAGGCAACGGAGGGAAAUGAGACAAUGAGAAGCAGCCGUUGGAAUGCGGAGGAUAGCUUUGCUUAA